AUGCCUUUCAAGUCCACUCAGCCAGAUAUCCCGCUGCCGACAGAUGUCACGAUCUGGGACUGGCUAUUUGAUUCUCCCUCCUCUUCGCUCAAAAAGCAUCCGUCCUCAGCACUGCGUGGCUACAGUAAUGGCAUCACAGGCGAGCGGAUCAACUACGCUCAGGUUCAAGAGGCGACGACCUACCUCUCGACGGCGUUGGUCAAACGAUAUGGACUGAAAGAGGGGGAAGCAGUGGCAUUGUUCAGCCCUAACAAUAUCUGGUAUCCAGUAGCUAUGCUAGGAACCCUGAGAGCUGGUGGGGUUGUCUCUGGGGCGUCGCCGGCCUACAACAUCGAAGAGAUGACAUACGCACUUAACAAGGCCGGUGCUAGGUUCCUUAUGACCGUACCUGCGUCAAUGGACGUUGCUGCCGCAGCAGCAAAGAGCGCUGGGAUUCCCAAGGAGCGGGUGUUUCUUCUUGAAGGCGAGCUAGAGGGUUUCACGGCCAUGCAGACACUUUUGGAUAUUGGAAGAUCAUAUGCGGAAAACGGCCAGAUUCCGAGCUUCAAGAUUCCCGAAGGCAAGGAAAGUAAGGACGUUUGUGCUUUUUUGAGCUUCAGCUCUGGCACGACUGGGUUGCCGAAGGCUGUGAUGAUAGCUCAUCAGAACGUGAUCGCACAGGUCUUGCAGGUACAAAUGAUUACACCACCCAACCUGCAGAAGAUUUUGGCUGUACUUCCUGUCUUUCACAUCACUGGCCUGGUCCACGCCCUUCACCUCCCUAUCUCCAUCAAUGCUGAAGUAUACAUGCUUCCAGCUUUCACAAUGAAGGACUUGCUAGAUACAGUGGUCAAACACCAGCUCCGAGAAUUGCUCCUCGUACCGCCCAUUCUAAUCAGACUUGUUCGCGACCCACUCGUCGAUAAGUACGACUUAUCUUGCUUACGCCGAUUCUCUACUGGUGCUGCUCCUCUAUCGGAAGAGAUACUCCACCUUCUCAAGAAGAAGUUCCCACAGACUGAGUUCAAGCAAGAGAAGUAUGAUUACAGGUACGGUCACACUGUGGGAACAAUCUGCGCAAGCACAGAAAUCAAAGUAAUUGAUCUAUAUGGCAAUGAGCUUGGUCUCAAUCAACCCGGAGAGAUUCUGACUAGGGGUCCCCAAAUCACGAUGGGAUACCUCAACAAUCCCAAAGCCACAGCUGAGACUUUCGACAAAGACGGCUGGCUACAUACCGGAGAUCAAGGCAUCAUCGACGAGGAGGGCAUGCUAACCAUCACCGACCGCAUAAAGGAAUUAAUCAAGGUUAAAGGCAUUGUGGAAGACGCUGCUGUAAUGAGCGUGCCAGACGACUAUACCGGCGAGAGACCGAAGGCUUACGUUGUCCCAAAAGAUGAAUUCGAAGGCAGCCAAGAAUUUGGACAGGAAUUGAUUAAAUAUGUGCAAGAGAGAAAGUCGAGGACUAAGUGGAUCACUGAACUGGAGUUUGUUGGAAUCAUACCGAAAUCUGCUAGUGGGAAAAUCCUCAGGAGGAUGUUGAGAGAUCAAGCCAAGGCAGACAAGAGCACGAAGCUCAAAGACGAUGUCAAGGAAAAGGCGAAAUUGUAG